AUGACAAGAAACCGCGGGGAGGAGCUCGAGAUCGACGUGCCACCACUUCCGGUGUCCGUCCCCGUGCCACCCGAGCGCCGCCUGAUGUGGACGGGACCAUUCGCCAUGCCUCCGCCGACGUCGACCGGUGGAAUGGAGUACACGGGCGCGGACAGCGUGUCUAUGGCUACGGCGUCGCCAAGCCGUGAUGACGUCCACGAGGAGAGGCUAUCGCUGCGCGUGACGAAUGCGCCGACCCUGCCGGCAGCGCCCCGAUACUCCGGUAGCACGAUGAAGGCUGGUGCAGAGUUCAUGCAUGCGUUCCAAAUGUAUGUGCACGCUCUCAGCGCUUUCGAUACGUCGUAUGGCAAGCUAUAUGGUGCCGAUGCUCUGGCUGGAUGUGGAGAUUCCGGCCGUGUCAUCGACCACUUCCAUGUCGGCGCUGUCAUCCUUAGCCUCCUCUUUCGCAUCACCAUGUUCGCCUGCGUCACCGUCGUGGUCCGCAUCGUUGUCGUCACGCUCGUCGCCGGUGUCCAUGGCCUCGUCACCACUUGCGUUGGAGAGGACCCCUUGUUGUCGUUCUUCGAGGCGACUUUCGAGUUGCCGCCAGCCGCGCCAUCCAGGAUGCGCAACGACUCAAGCGGGAGUAGCGCAGCGUCGGCAAGCAGGUCGGCGUCGGAAGCGUUCGUGGACAUCGGGUGUCGGCGAGGUGGCAAAUUGCUUUGUGAACGGAGAAGUCGUUGCAAGCCCGAGCGAAUGAGUGAUGACCCCACUCGUGGCUGA